UGCGCUGAGGCUUUACCAUACAAAAGCCCGUAGUGUUGACACACAGCAGGCUGAAAAUGAAGCUAGUAGACAUCUAGCGGCGACUUCUCUCCACUCGUUUUUUUCAAAAGGUCAAAUAUUAAACAAAAGUAUAUUGUUUUUAAGAAAUAUAUUAUGUCCAGUCUUGGCGAGUCGGUUCUGUAAGUUGUCAGUGCCCGUCUGGACCUGGAGCUCCACAAGCAGGCGAUGACAGCGACCGCCGCCACUCCACAGGGAAUGAGAGACCGCUUACUGGAAGCCAUUGACGUCCACAGCAAUGAGAUCUCCAACAUUGUGAUUGUCAUGGAGGUGAUCUCAUUCCUGGAAAAAUAUCCAAUUACCAAAGAAGCCCUGGAGGAAACUCGUCUUGGAAAACUCGUCAACGAUGUCCGCAAGAAAACCAAGAAUGAGGAUCUUGCCAAACGGGCCAAGAAGCUUGUGCGGACGUGGCAGAAUUUGAUCAGUCCAGGAAGGAGCAACGUGUAUUCCAAAGGUGCAUCGUGGUCUUCUAUUGCUGUAGUCAACCAGUGCAGCCCCAUGACAGCUGCCACUCCACCUUCAGGUAAAUCAGGUGUGGAAUUAAAGCACCAAAAGGACUUAAACAACUGGAAGAAAUCAUCAAUCAACAGGAAACACACUGAAGACUCACAGGAAGGACUCUCGCCAGCAAAAAUGGCUAAAAAGGCUGUAAAUGGCAAAAGCCAAUACCUUCUUUCAAGCAAAAACAAAAGCGGCGCCGACAUUUUAACAGAUUUAUAUCAGACUAUAAACAAGGACUUUUCUAAACUAAAUAACAGUGGCAAGCUGCUAAAUGUUAAACCUGCGCGUCCUCAUCCGAGUAGUUCAGGGUCCAGCAAACUUCCGAGCGCCUCUUUGUUACUCAAAGCAUCCGUUUUGCAGCAACAGCAAGCUGCCUUUAAGGAGCAGAACCAACCCAAUAUGUCCGUACAUUUCAAGCUACAGGAAGGUGCAGCGCCAGCACAGAAUAUUUGUAACCAAACACUGAGACUUGUGUCUACAGACACUCCCGUUCAGACCUUAAAGGGGUGUCUUCAGGGUUCACAUGGAGACGAUGGCGCUUUUACUGAUGCGGCAAACAACAGACAGAACUCUAGGUUUCACGAUGAUGCAGUUAAACUAGACAGAGGAGAUCUAGAGGACACAAAGCAUGUUAGGUUAAAAGACUCCCGGAGACUGAUAUUCAACGCUGUAACAGGUCAAAUCCAAGCUUCCGUCAAUAAAGAAAAGGAGAAAGAGAAACUACAGACAGAGCAACCAAAGCAGAAUCCACCGCUUCCUCUCAGUCUGUUGCAGCACACCGAUUGGAAAGAGCUGUCGAGGAGCGAAAUCAUCCGCUCCUACCUUAGCCAGCAGAGUAGCAUUCUGACGUCAUCGGGCGCUCGCACUCCCACUGCGCACUUUUUCAUGACAGACAUGCAAAGAAAAGAGGACAAGAAAACACACGAGUUGAUAUCCGAGCCCCCGAGCAGGGUUUUACCCGGAGUGGGCCGAGAGAUCAGCAAUGAGGAGGUGCAGAGGUUACACACAGAGCACUGGUCAGGGGUUAACGGUUGCUACGACACACGGGGUGACUGGUACCAGUGGACACAGUGCAUCUCCUUGGACCCACAUGGAGACCAGAGCAGGUUGGACAUACUGCCAUACGUCUGUUUGGAUUGAAACUGGGAAGGUGUAAGGCUGCAUGCACAUACCUUCUGCGUUUGUGCAUGCAGAUUGCAUGACGAUGGUAAUCUGUACUUUCAGGAGCUUCAGCUGUUUUGUUUCUGUGUUUGUGGGACUUCCAGCCAAGCCAAAAUGCUUUGUACAUUUGUACACUUUUAGAUCUGUUUGUUUGCGUGUGCAAAUUAACACACAAACACCUUAAAAUAACAGGCUGUUUUUUUUGUCAAAAUUUGUGACUUUGACGAAAGACAGCAGCGGACUAAAGGAUAUACGGCGUCCUUCACAUCGUGCUACAAAUAUUGCGUUUUCACCGCAGUGUCUGUUUUUUUAAGCAUAUUCUACAACUUUUCUUGUCCUAAAAUAAGCAUUUUUAAGCAUAACAAUGGUUAAAUCCAUCGUGCUGCAAAUAUUACGCUUUCACAACAGUGUCUGGUUUUUUAAGCAUAUCCUACAACUUUUAUUGUCCUAAAUUAAGCUUUUUUAAGCAUAACAACGGUUAAAUGAACUUUUAAAGUAUGAAUACUAAAGGACUACUGGCUACAAAAUGAGACCAAAGCAAUCAGAGCGCGCAGUUCAGUUUUGUGGCCAUAGAUUGACUCUGUUUAGGAAGCAUUAAACAAAUGUGAAGGUGACUCAAGGUUGUUUCGUGUAUCAAAAGCUGUCAUGUUGAAAUUUUUAGUCAGAAGAUCCUUUUUAAAUAUAUUUUUUAGGCUCUAGCUAUGAAAAUAUUCAAUUUAUAAUUAACUGUUCCUACUUGGCGGAAAUAUAUUAAUCGUGGUCAUGUCCGGAACCAAUUAACAGCAAUAAACAAGAGAUUAUUGUACAUCAAUACCUCCAGUAAUGCGUCCCAAAAGAUCAGACAAAAAACUGAACCGUACAAAAAUCUAAGCAGUUUUUCUCAUAAGAAAUCAUGUAAAUCCAAUUCCAGACACCCCAUAAAAUGAACACAAAACACAUAAUAAAAAUAAUUGUUGUUUUACAUGCAGAAAACAUGUGAAAUACAUAAACAUGACUAAUAAAUGUAAGGAAAAUGUGUGUCAAAACAUUUCCACCAAAGGCCUGACAACUAAAACCAAUCAGGUGCCAUUUUGAUGUAAAUUUUUUUCAUUUUGUAAAAAAACAAAACAAAAAACAGGAAAUAAGCAUAUAGUCAAACACAAAGCAUUGUGGUUUUGUGUCGUAUGUUACAAAGCGUAGUAUCAAUGUCAACAUUUCAACUUUUUCUCGUUACAUUACAUCUUUUUGGUCUAUUUUUUUUAACAUAAUAUUUCUUGGUUUCGAUUUUAUUUCGACAGUAUGCUGUGGGUCAACAACUGACCCCCGGGCGACACUUUGGACACCCCUGCCUUAAUUGAAAACUCUUUUUGGCAAAAACACAAGAGAGAAGGAGAGUGGAGCACCAACCGGACGUCCUCUUUAAACUCUAAUAUGAGUUAUGUCUACAAUUUAAUAAAUUGCUAACACUUACAACUUUUUUAGGCCCCAUGGUGGUUUACUUUGCAGUUGUACUAAAUGAAACGGUAGAAACUGAGCCAUUACAAAAUUGAGACACGCAUACAAACAGACUAGUUUAUUAUGUGCAAUGUUUGGCAAUAGGACAGCAUCCAAAAACUGGGGCAUAGUUCUGCUGAACAUGUUCAUCAAAAAACUAGGUACUACAGUAUAUUUUUUUAAAUCUUUUUGUCUUAUUGUAAAAUUAAAAUAAGCCUCACUAAAGCUAAAACAAAUUUUACAGCAGUUUUUAUUGAUUGUCCCCAAAGUUUAUGAGCAUGCUGUGUAGCUAGUUUUUUUUUUUUUUUUUUGUCUUUACAGGAGACACAUUAGGGUAAAAUUCACUCUGAACAACGGAACAAGGUAUACGAAUUCCCACUUGAAUAGGGACUCUCAGGAGAAAGUCAAACAUAAAAUAAGAUGGUGGAUUGCAUUAUGUACUGUAAGUCAUUUCUGCAGAUAAUAUUGCCUUUAAUGAUUUUUUUUUUUUUUUUUUUUCCAAAAGUCAGCCUUUGUGGUUGCAGAGAAAGUUGUAUUUGUGAUUGGUUGCAGAAAACAACAUAUUUACUAUUAUGUGUUAAUAAAAUGAGAAAAAAGCGA